AUGGCCUAUCGAAAUGUUCGACGUAUUCGUCGACUACAAAUGAGUAAUACUCGACGACGACUUGAUCAACAGUUGACAGCUAUGAUUCUUGCUAGAGUGAUACUUUUUAUUCUUUGUCUUUUACCUUAUAUUGCACAAUGUUUCUACAUUAUGAAUGUACGAAACGAUAAAAAUGAAAAACUUCGAACGGCAAUUGAGUUGCUCAUCACAGCCAUCAACGUCUCGAUUAGCUAUCUCAAUGUUUCGGGUACAUUCUAUGUAUAUCUGAUUUCAUCGGCACGAUUUCGUCGUCAAGCAAAAUUUGUUCUGAUGAAAAAAUGCUGGAAAUAUCGUCGAGACAUACCAGAGAAUCGUUGUCGAUCAUCCAUGAAUAAUCAAGAAGCACUGAUCGCGAAUAGCGACGUCAACUAUUUAGAUUGUUAA